AUGGCACCUGCGAUUCGCGAGGUCACCCAGACACUGAUCGAGGCAGACACAACUCUUGUGUCAGUCAUUACUCUGGGGAAUACUCGGCCAUGGCCAACGUUGAACUUGGUCACAUUGACCGUGACCACCCCAUUCACGACUGUCAUCCAUGUGGUCAAUAUAGCAGAGACUCCUGCGCCUGAGCAAAUCAGUUCGACCCAAAGCAGUGGACUGUCAGAUGGAAGUAAAGGCGCAAUAGCAGGGUCUAUCCUCGGUGCUGCGGCCUUUCUACUGCUCUUAUACUAUCUCUAUCUAUGUCGUUUGCAGUCGCGGCCAUCGGCUCCACGAUCGGCCAAAGUUCCACUUGAUCCGAAAGAUCCUACACCACCUCCUGAUCCUGUUCCUACUGACGAUAAACCGGCGAGGAAAAAGAAGACUGUUACCAUAUCGUCUGAUCUUCCUCGAUAUCUUCCUCGAUUCUCGGCCUCGAAGGAUAACAAGUCAUACAUCUCGCCUCUUGUGAGAUUAGCGACAGAAACGAACUCGAGGACUGGGUUCGAGACGAGAGAAGGAAGAUUGGGACAACAGAUUCGCUUCAUGAUUCGAGCACGGGAGAAACAGAAACCGAGGAAGAAGCGCCGGAGAUCUCAUAGGCGUCGGAGCAAAGGCAAAUCUGCGAAGACUGAGGGUAUGAACUGA